GUCAUGACUUUGUCCCGGGAGAUUAUAGUUGCUUUUGGACAUGUCUUCUGUGCAGCGUCCUUCCAGAAACCUGGACCGCACCCGUCUUCGGAGGUUGUCGGCCGGCCCCCGGCGUCCCGUCCACACGCUUGGGACACCCGCCUUUGUGUCGUUUGUCAGCAAGGCCGUCUUGUGGGAGAGGGAAGUUUCCUGCCACACCACACGACUGAGUCCCAGGCGUCCUCCCCCCGUGUGUCCUCGCUUUCUGUCCCACAUGAAGACUCACUGCGAGGGCCUCAGACCUCCAUGCGUCCUGAGCUCCAAGUCCAGGCCGCAGCCUCCGUCAGAGGGCAGGGAGCAGGGCAGCGUGUCCUCCCGAGGGCCACCAGGUUACGUCCAUAACAGAGGAGCAAAUGUUGGGAAGGAAGGAUCCCACCCUUUUCCCUUUCUGCCGCACAUCUCUGCUGCUACACGGUCUUCCACCGUCCUUCCACCUUCUCAACACAAGACCCUUCGCUCCAUCGCUGCUAGACCACAAGGCAAAGAAUGCAAAGGCUCAGGAAUCCCCAGUCAUGUCCCUGAAGACCAUGGAUGUCAGCAGGUGGAGGUACCUACUGGAGUGUCUGCCGCGGGAGCUGGAGGGCCACACUGGGGGUUUAGUCUCAGCCCUGCUGGGUGUAAGAGCUCCAAGGCCUCGCACGGGUCCUUGUCGGAUUUCAGUCGACCGCCCUCAAGUCUCCUAAGUCCACCAUCCUCAAGUCUACUAAAUCGACCGUCCUCAAGUCUACUAAGUCGACCGUCCUCAAGUCUCCUGAAUCGACCGUCCUCAAGUCUCUUAAGUCGACCGUCCUCAAGUCUCUUAAGUCGACCAUCCUCAAGUCUCCUAAGUCGACCGUCCUCAAGUCUACUAAAUCGACCGUCCUCAAGUCUCUUAAGUCAACCAUCCUCAAGUCUACUAAAUCGACCAUCCUCAAUUCUCCUAAAUCGCCCGUCCUCAAGUCUCCAAAAUCAACCGUCCUCAAGUCUCCAAAAUCGACCGUCCUCCAGUCUCUUCAAUCGACCGUCCUCCAGUCAAUUCAGUCGACCGUCCUCCAGUCUCUUCAGCCGCAGCACCGACCUCGCCAGCUGCAGGGGCAGCGUCCUGUCAGAACAUAUAAGAGACUUCGACCCAUUGGACAGCUUGUCUCACCGUCGCCAAGUGUUGCAGUCAUCCAGUGGUCAUGGUUCCACGCCUGAGGACGAUCGCACACGUUUUGGUCCACUUAGAGCAGCUUCAAACCUUGUCGGUCCUUUAAAUACGCUUGAAGACGCAUGUGACGUCACAAAGGUGAAGGAACGUCACAGAGGCGACGGUAUGGACUUUCCUCACAGGCCCUCCGCUACGUGGUCUGCCCCAAGAGCAACCCCGUAUGUCCUUGCGGGUCAUUCAGAGUCUGGUCCCAGACCCGUCCUGGCUCCCAUCUCCGCCAUGAAAGCCAACAUUUCAGGACUUGACUCGUGGGCAUCGUUGGACUCGGCCAAGCUCAGCUGCAGUCGCUCCCAGGCGUUUGACGAGCUGGACGCCAUCGCCCCCUCGUCGGCUUCCUGUUCCUCAUUGGAGCGAGGGUACGACUCAUCAGGGCGACCUUCGCCUCGUCACGAACUUUUGUCCCCAAGUCUGGCAGCACUGACAGUUGGCUGCGACUCAGGGAAUCUGGGCUCCUUGUCCCGAGUGCAGCUGCUCCUGCUGGACCGGAUGGGACCAGUGACCCUGCAGUGUCCCAUGGAGGACUAUCUCCUGGACCAGGCCAGCCCCGUUGACGACCUGCUGACACCGUCAGGCCCUCGGGGGCCCCUCACAGCGGGCCACCUCCCUGAACGCUGCGACUCGGCAUGGAAGGUUCCAGGAGACAACAAGUUGGACUGGUCUGCAGGAGCUUCCAGGUGUCCAUCAUCAGGGGCCAUGAGGAAGAGUCUCUCACAAGACAGUCCCCCAUCCAGCGACAUCGACCACGAUUCUGACAGUGGCCGUGAGGCUUCAGGACGGAAGAACCCGGACGAGAACUUCCCUGAAAAGAAGGACUGGAGGCCUGAGGAGCGGAAGAACAAGGUUCUGAAGAUGCUCUACAAGCUGCAGGACCACUCGGUGCGUCGACCCAAAGUCUGCUCAGACUUUGACGACUUCGACUUUUUGGCAAAGUUCUGCAUCUUCAGUGCGGAGAAGCUGGAGGACUACAAGAAAGCUUUUCAGGCGGAGGACACUGAUGAGGACGGUUACAUCUCCUGCAUCCAAGUUGUGGACGCCCUGAAAAGCAUCGUCCCUGCCGAGCUGCUGUCGGACCAGGAGGAGGUCUACGUCUACAGGAUCCUGGCCCUGGUGGACUUCAGGGUGACGGACGGUCUGGUGGACCUCAGACUCUUUGCUGUGAUCGCCAGCCUGGCGCAGAAGAUCGCCGCCAUGGACGACUUCAUGAGGUCGCUGGUCACCAACAUGGACCUUCGCUCGCUGGAAGUACGACUCUUCAAAGUCAAGCAACUCUUCCUGUUCCUCCUGGAGGGGCGGCGAGGCGAGGUGGGAUCUCUGCGGGGCGUCAUCAGCGCCGAGCAGUUUCUCCUGGAGCUGAAGGCCGGCGGGAUCCACCUGGAGGAGGAGGAGGUUGCCAUCAGACAGAAGCUCCAGAACCUUCCCCCUCUGGACCUGCUGGACUUCCUGGCCUACCUGCCGCUCUUCAUGCUCAUUCACAAGUCUGUCGUCGCCAACCCCCUGGACGACUCGGGUCCAGUCUGAUCUCCGACCUCAGGUCCUGGUCCUGGUCAGGCGCAGUAUGGCACCUGGUGAGGAUCCCUUCCCGAAGCAGCAACGUUGCUGUCUGUGGUGCUGAAAUGACUUCUCCGUGAUGUUGAUACAUUUCUAAAAGACGAAAUGUGAGUUUCACACAUAAAAGAAACGCCUUGCAACAUUAUUAUUAAAGUACAAAAGCCAAGAGCAGUGAAGUUGUCAC